CAUAGGUGUCCAUUUUUCAGAGUUCAAUAUUCCCAGUCUCCAAAUCCAACGCCAAGAGAUAGCAGUCAUCCAACUCUCACUCGAGCACACGGCACGACAUUUCGGCAAGCCGGGAAGUAAGCCCACGUGAGGGCAAAAUCGCCAUUUCAUCAGCCGCAAUCAUCAAGACGUCUCGUCUGAUAAGCACAAACACUGCCUUUGGGGAAAAGCCGUGGUCGUGGGAGCCGUUCCCUUCUUGACAGACCUUGUAUGGCACCCCGUGCCGAAUUGGAUUUGACCUGACAGGCUGUCUACAGGGAACCAAUCCCACCGUCCAGCGUCCACCCCACCCCUACCACGCGGUGUACCCCUCCCCUAGCUCGUAAUCUGACAAGAGCGGGAUUCCCUGGCCUCCACCCGCUAUCUCCAGUGCGGCACAGACGCUGCACACCCUAGGAGUUUCCUAGAACGCCGUGCCAAUGGCAAGGAUAAAUCAGAUAAGAGAGCUGGGGGAGAGCACGCUUGCAGGCGUUGCAGCGCACGAACUCCUCUUCAGCUCCCGCCGCUUGGGGUGGAAAAUUGUACCGGGCAUGGGGACUGGGCCUGUACUGGUCUGGACUGGACUGGGGGAGUGAGCAAAUGUAUUGAUUGACUGACGACUGAAUGACCUGAUGGUGGAAGCUGCAUCAGCCACCACCACUCUUACACUCUCACUCAUUCUUCCAUCGUCGUGUUGUUUUGUGUUGUUCUGUUCAACGACGAUGAGCUUAUCCUACUCAUCACAAUGCUCGAUAGACGCUGGUCUUCGCCCUUCUGUCGUUGAUGCUGCUGCUGUCGUUGGUGUUCGUGAGAUCGGGAAAGCCGAAGUAUAAACAGCAAGCAAGGGUUGUGAGGGAAGCAAGGAAAGCAGGAAGGAAAGGGAGGAAGAAAGGUUUCAAUCGCAGAAACUUCGAGCGUCAAGCUUCGCUGCGCAGCAGAAACAACGUGGCAGCAGCUACGACCAUCACAAAGAUGUCUUACUUUCCAGAAGGACUAAGUGCAAGUGUGCUGGAAGGCAUAUCUCCAGCCACAACCUCAGAUGCAGAGAUAUCCUCAACCUCCGACGCCUCCGAAAAAACCGCAAUCCCACCAGACGAAUCGAAAGUUACUACCCCUGGAUCUGAGUUCAAUGAAAGGAAUGAGAAGGAGAAGGAGAAAAAGAAGAAGGAGAAUGAGAAAUCAGGGCCGGAGUAUAAAUCAGAAGAAGUCGGAGAAGAUCUCGGACCAGAAGAUGCAGCAAUCCGGGACCUACCAUGGCACGUCCGACGAAUCGUCAGCUUGCACGACGACACGACUCUACCAACCAUCACAUUCCGCUAUUUCCUGCUAGUAUUCCUGUUCGUGCCACCAGGUGCAUUUCUGCAGCAAUUGAAUAUGUUUCGCACGACUUCCGCUCCAUACUCGAUAUUCUUUGUGCAGAUAGCGGCUAGCUAUGUGGGGGAUUGGAUGGGGAGGACUAUGCCGUCGUGGGAGGUUAAGGUGCCGUUUACGAAGUGGAAGUUCAACACGAAUCCGGGGCCGUUUAGUGUCAAGGAGCAUGUUCUUGUUGUGAUUGCGGCGGCGAGUGGUGCGACGUAUAAUUUAGCGUGGGCACCACUUUCGUUAUCGGAGUUGUAUUUCAAGGAUCAGAUCAACCCGGCGAUAUGGAUUGCGUUCAUGUUGGCGAUUGUUUGGACGGGGUAUUCGUAUGCGGCAAUUGGACGUCAGUUUUUGGUGUAUGAUCCUCAACAGCCAUGGUUCGACGCCCUAUGUCAAACAGCCCUCUUCGAAACGCAAACCCGCCAACGAGAAUUCCCAUCCCCCGUAUCUCGGCGCCAAAUGAGAGUAUUCUUCCUCACCCUCCUCGCCGUAGCUAUAUGGCAAUUUCUUCCAGAAUACAUCUUCCCUAUGCUCUCAUCCUUAGCCUUUCUAUGCUGGGUAGCACCCAACAACUCCGCAGCGAACUUCAUCGGUGGUGGACUAGGCGGGAUGGGUUUCCUGAAUUUAUCCCUCAAUUGGUCAUGUGUUGGGAAUCUCAGUGCUAUGGGAAGUUUGUUCUUGACGCCGUGGUAUACUCAGGUCAUUGUGUUUUCGGCUUUCGUUCUCAAUUGCUGGAUUUUGUUGCCGCUUGCUAAAUGGGGAGGUUUGGGCAUUUGGGAGCAUGGGCUGAUGUCUAACCGGCUGUUUAUGGAAAACGGAACCAGAUAUCCGGUUCUCGAACUCAUCACGCCGCAAGCAACACUCAACGAAACUGCCUAUGCCGAAUACGGACCUCUGUACAUUGGUGCUCAACUCCUAUGGGGUACGUUCUUCGAUUACGCAUCCUACACCUCCGUCCUCGUCUGGAUGGGAUUAUUUGGAUAUCCGCAUCUCAAAACAACGAUCAUCAAGUUCCUGGAACGACAACGAGUUUCGAGAGAUGGGAAGAAGUUGACUGUCAAUGAACAGUACAAUGAUCAACUGAACGUUUUAAUGCGUUCGUAUGAUGAAGUCCCACUAUCAUGGUUCAUGAUUCUGUUCCUAGUAUCGUUCGUCAUCAUUGUAACGAUUAUCGGGACUGGGUAUUUAUACAUCCCUUUAUGGACAUACUUCAUAGCACUAGCUACUGGAGCUAUCGUUGUCAUUCCCCUCGGAUGGCUCUACUCCCUCUCCAACUUCCAACUAGUAAGCCACCCUCUUUCUCCCUCUUCUUCCCGAUCACCAACGCCUAACACCCCCAGCCCAUCGGAACAACCAACGAGCUCCUCUACGGCCUAAUGGUCAACGCCAUCCCCGGAUACAAAAACCCCGUCGGUGCCUCCAUCUACGGCUCCAUCGCGGGCAACGCCUGGUACCGCGCACAAUACCUCCUGCAAGACCAGAAACUAGGGCACUACAUGCACGUGCCGCCCAAAACAGUAUUCUUCUCUCAGAUCUUCGGGUCCUUGGUGGGUGUACCGAUCAAUUAUGCGGUGAUAAGAUGGGUGCUUGAUAGGAAGGGGGAUUAUUUACUUGCUGAGACGAAGGAUCCGGCGAAUCAGUGGACGGGACAGACGUUGACGCUGCAGUUGACGAUUGCGACGCAGUAUGUGUUGGUUGGCCCCAAACGCCUCUUCACGCACCCAAUCUACCGCCCCCUUCCCUACGGCUUCCUCCUCGGGGCCCUCGUACCCCUAACCUUGUACACACUCCACCGACUCUUCCCCAAAUCCCGCCUUAAAUUCCACCUCUGGAACUGCACCAUCUUCUUCUGCACGCUGUCCACCUUCUGGGGCAACAUAUCAACGGGGUACCUCUCCGGCAUCAUCGGGGGGUUCGUAGUCAUGUUCUGGGCGUAUAGGUAUCACUACGAGGUGUGGGCGCGGUACAAUUAUAUCCUUGCGGCGGCGUUUGAUAGUGGGUAUAAUUUGAAUGCGUUGGUGUUGUGGAUGGGGUUUAGUGCGGGGGGAAGGGUGUUGUUUCCGCGGUGGUGGGGGAAUGCGGAGGGGAG